CAUUGUCGCACUAAAGAAUGGAGGUUUCUUUUACGUUCCACAUGGCGCGCCAUUUCACGCCAUCCAACAGAAAACUGUAAUAUGAAAAAGUCGAAGCUCCAACAGGAAACCCUUCUUGAUGAAACCCAAAUACCAGCUCUGCCAAGCGGUAUACUCACUCCACUCUCAGCGUCAAGCAUCACAUGAAGCCUACACCCGCCUCGUCCUCGAAUGUGUGCGAGUCAACGAUGUCGAUCUCGCCAGGAGAUUGCAAUCUCACAUGGAAACUACAUUGUUUGAACCCAACGACACGUUUCUGCAUAAUCGUCUCCUGCAUUUAUAUGCGAGAUCCGGGAAACUAUCAUUCGCCCGGAACUUGUUCGAUAAAAUGCCUAAUAGGGAUAUUUUCUCUUGGAACAUGAUGCUUUCUGCAUAUGCCAAAUCGGGUUCUGUUGAGAAUUUGAGAACAGUGUUUGAAAAAAUGCCUGUUCGAGAUUCGGUUUCUUACAACACAGUAAUCUCUGGUUUUUCUGGAAAUGGGUUUUCAAGUGACGCAUUGGCGAUUUUUGUUAGGAUGCAGAAAGAAGGGUUUGAGCCCUCGGCCUACACCCACGUUAGUGCCUUACAGGCUUGUUCCCAGUUACUGGAUUUGAAGCGUGGGAAACAGAUUCAUGGGAGGCUUCUUGUCAGUGAUUCAGGGGAGAAUGCUUUUGUUUGGAAUGCUAUGAUUGAUUUGUACGCAAAGUGUGGUGAGGUCGAUAGGGCGAAGUGUUUGUUUGAUCGAAUUGUUAAUAAGACUGUGGUUUCAUGGAAUUCUAUGAUUUCUGGCUAUUUGAAAAAUGGGCAACCAGAUAAGUGCAUUGAUUUGUUUCAUGAAAUGCAGUUGUUAGGCUUGAAGCCUGAUCAGGUUACAUUUUCAAACGUACUUGGUGCUUACAUUCAAAGUGGGCAUUUAGAUGAUGCAAGUAAGAUUUUUAGUAUGAUGAAAGGGAAGGAUAAGAUCUGCUGGACAACCAUGAUUGUAGGUUUUGCACAGAAAGGGAAGGAA